GAGCAAUGUACAGAGGGUGGACUCCCCCGUCACGGUGUGUGGGAAUAUCCAUGGACAAUUCUAUGAUCUCAAGGAGCUGUUUCGAGUGGGUGGCGAUGUCCCUGAGACCAACUAACUCUUCAUGGGAGACUUUGUGGACAGAGGCUUUUACAGCGUCGAAACAUUCCUGCUGCUGCUUGCCCUUAAGGUCCGGUCUGACCGCAUCACUCUGAUUCGGGGGAACUACGAGAGCAGGCAGAUCACACGGGUCUAUGGCUUUUAUGAUGAGUAUUUGCGAAAGUAUGGCUCAGUGACCGUAUGGCUCUACUGCACUGAGAUCUUAGACUACCUCGGCCUGUCCGCCAUCAUUGACGGCAAGAUCUUCUGCGUGCAUGGGGGCCUCUCUCCUUCUAUCCAGACCCUGGAACAGAUCCGGACGAUUGACCAGAAGCAGAAGGUGCCUCAUGAUGGGCCAAUGUGUGAUUUGCUCUGGUCUGACCCCGAAGACACGACAGGCUGGGGUGUGAGUCCCCGAGGAGCUGGCUACCUGAUUGGCAGUGAUGUGGUGGCACAGUUCAAUGCAGCCAAUGACAUUGACAUGAUAUGCCAGGCUCACCAGCUGGUGAUGGAAGGCUACAAGUGGCACUUCAACGAAACUGUGUUCACUGUGUGGUCAGCACCCAACUACUGCUACCGCUGCGGAAAUGUGGCAGCCAUCUUGGAGCUGGAUGAGCACCUCCAGAAAGACUUCAUCAUCUUUGCAGCUGCACCCCAGGAAACCCAGGGAAUGCCUUCCAAGAAGCCAGUGGCUGACUACUUUCUGUGA